UGUAUCGGUGCUGUUGUUGAUUUUUUGUGCAAAAAAGUUGGCGUUCCAUUUCCUUAAAGCGUUGCAUUGUGUAAUUUAAACGCUGCCAACAGAGAUCAGCAAGACGAGGAGUGCCGAAACAGGGCAGCAGCAGCAGAGCAGUCGAUGGACUACGAGAAGCUGUCGCUGAACGCAGGCGGUGGCAGUACAGCCGGCGGUGGUGGAAACGGGGGCGGAGGCAGCGGCGCCGAACAGGAUCUGACCAUGUGCGGCGGACAGGAUCUACUGGACGGUAGAGCCAAAGAGAAGGCCCGCCGCUACUGGACACCCAGCGAGGAGGAGCGUCUGUAUGAGAUCUGGGGCCGCGACAACUGGCGGCUGACGCGUACCGGAAAAAACACCAUAUUUUUUGGACGGUGGGCUGAGGAGCUACGCGAGCGGUUCGCCGUGGACGUGAAGCCGGAGGAGAUCCAGAUGAAGGUCAACCAGACCAGAGCCAAGUUUAGACAGGUAAAGAAACAGCUGCAGGCUGAUCCGUCCAGCCAAGCCACACGCUGGAAAAAAUACGACAUCAUCAACCGCAUCCUAAAAAACCUGCACAGGCCGAAGAACGCGGAUCCGCUGCCGCCAGAGGCCCUGCUCAAUAACCGCGACAUGACACCGCCCCGGGACGAUAUGUCAGCGGAACUGCUUCAACAACAGCAGCAGCAUGCUGUUCAGCAGCAGGGUCUGGGACUUGGCGGUGAGCCGCCUGCUUCCACCUUUUACAACAGCAGCAGCAAUAGCAAUCAUGGCAGCAGCCACAACAACAACAACAGCGGCGGGAUGAGCUUUAGCACAGAGCUAUUCACGGAUCAGUACGACGAGGUGGUCAAGCAAGAAUACGAAGACGACGAGUACCGCUCUUUACCCUUUCAAGAGCAGCUGCAACAGUAUUCGCCAGCCGAGCCGGCUCAGCUGCUUGAGUUACAGACGCCACAACAGCAGCAGCAGCAACAGCAACAUCAGCAGCAGCAACAACAGCAUCAGUUUCAGCAAAGCUAUGGGCCACAGUUUCAACAGCAGCCGGCUCAUUUCAAUAACAACAGCGGAAGCAGUGCUGUGGCAACCUCGACCGUUAACCACCAACCUAUCACGGCGGUAGCCUACAUUAAUAGCAGUAAUAACACCAUCAGCGUGGCCACCAACGCGAAUGGAAGCAUGGCGGCGCCGGUGUCGGUCCAAGCUGCAGGCAUAGCUCCCGCUGCUGCUCCUGCUCCUGCUCCUGCUCCGGCUCCGACCUCUAAUCCUCCCGUCGUUGGCGCCUCCCCUGUGCCCGUGCCGCGGAAGCGUGGUCGCCCCUACGGAUCCGUGAACCCACCACAAGCUGACUCGCUAGAGGCCCUCUACAUGGAGGAGGUUCGACGGAAGAACCAGCUACUCUAUGAGCAGACCAAGAUAUGCCGGCAGCGCCUGGAAUUGGAGGAGCGUAAGGUCGGCCUUAUGCAGAACUUCUUUCCCAAGUGCUUGGAGCAGCAGGCGCAGAUUCUAAGCCACUUUGUGCAACUCCAGCAGCAGGAGCCCUCUCACCAGCCACAUCAGCUUUCUACGGCUCAGCGGCCGCAGUGAAACCUUUUCAGACUUCAAAAACCUCAAUUUCUGACCGUAGUGUAUGGACAUUUGUUUUAGUUACUUGGUUGCUGUGUCAUGCCGCUUAUGUGUGUUUAUCAGUACCACAGAACCUAACAAAAACAGGCUACACUGUUUGUAAUAUUAAGAAUAAACGUAAUUAAUAAAUAAAUAUAAAAUCAAGAUUAAA